AUGGCACCAGCACUGUCCCAGCAACAGGAGACACGGAAAACGAGAAUGUACACAGUCGUGAAAUUUAAAAACGACACGGUGGAGUUCGUUCCCAGUAGCUGGAUCAUCGGGGGGAAGUUGUGCCUCUGGCCGGGAGGGAAGCCAAACUCUCGGGUUGCACAGUUAAUCCGGGACCGCUGCAGCCCCGAAGAUGAUUGGGAGCUGUGCGCAUGUGAAUGCAUAGCGUCCUUCAAUAGCUACAAAAAGGCCAAGAAGAACGCGCGUCACGCGGAAUAUACAUCCCACUUGGAUACCGAACAGAGCGAGGAGGAAGAAUCUAGUGCAGUCGACCCCGAACCCUGCGCCGAGGAAAAGGCUGAGGCUCCCAUCACCACGCUUCUCAUUGAAAUAAAGAGAGCCCUGAGGGGCCUCUCGCAGAGGGUUGCUGCACUUGAAGGGCAAGGGGGAGCCACAGGGCAAGCUCUUGGGGACCACAAUGGUGUCCUCGAGGAGCUUCUCAAGGAGCCACUGUCCACCAUCCAGGAGUGGGACGCCCUUGAAGAGGAACUGCAGGACAGCGCCACAAGGAAGGCCGUAGUGAGCAGACUUGCUGUUGUAGGGGGAAGCAACCUCAAUGAUGUGGUGCGCCUCAUCAUGGAGACCCGCACACGAAAAUCCCUGCAGCAGCAGGCAGUCACAACUAGAAGUUCUCCGAUGCCACAGAUCCCUGACCGUAGUACCGGAGUCAGGCUGCAACGCCUUCAACUGAGGAAGUUCCGCGGAGAUUUUACAGAAUGGCAGCCGUUCUGGGAUCAGUUCAAGGUCAACGUGCACGACAACAGGAAUUUAACCAAGUCGGAUAAAUUCCGUUACCUUCGAUCGUUGCUGCUCGGAACAGCAGAGGCAGCCAUAUCAGGACUGCAGACGAAGCGGCGCACGACAGCGCUGUCGUUUUUCUCACUCAACGGUUCGGAGACCGCGGAAGGCUUGAGGAACAGAAUACCAACCGUGACUUACUCUUCGAUGAUGACGCAAAUCAUACUGGCCGCAAUACCGUCCGACAUAGUGCUCGAGUACCAUCGUUUGAACCUCCGGAGCAUACAGAGAGACGCCGCAAUACCAGCAGAACACGAAGUUGCCACGUUACAAGAUGAAGGCGCUGCCUCCGCAGCUUCCGCAGAACUGAACAAGGUGUUGGCUUUCCUGAAGGCGGAAGUUGAAAGCAGCGAAAGGAGUGGACUUUGCGACCGUCAGGAUCAGAAACCGUCCGGCCAACGGAAGACGGGAGCAAAAGGUCAUGCCAGUGCACCCUCGGCUUUCGCGUUGCACAACCAAACUGCCCCGACGAACUGCCUCUUUUGCAAGGCGGAGUCUCACGCCACUGAGAACUGCAACGCGGACAUGUCGCAGGAAGACAAAAAGAAGACGUUGGUCAAGUACAGGCGCUGUUUUCGGUGCACGAAGGCGUUCCACAAUUCAAAGGAAUGCCGUUACAAGGGAAGAAACUUCAGUCCUGAUGUCUUCCGCGAGCAGUAUGAGCACUGUGCUCUUCCAAACGUUUCGCGAACGUUCAUCCGGGAAGAUCUAGCAAAGGAGCUCGGUUUGAAGGAGGUAGCCCAAGUUUGGAUCGGAAUUAACACGUUCGCCUCAGACUCGGAGUGUCGGCCCGCAAAACGAAGUGUUGUGGAAGUGACUGUGCGAAGCCAGUACACCCACGAAGACGUCAAGCUAGCAGCCAUCGUCAUACCAGUGAUAUGCAGAGAUAUCCAGGAAUCGCCGGUGGACAACGAACACGUACUUGCAUUUCAGUACUGUGGUGAACUAAUCGCCGAUGUUGUGGCUUUUCCUGGCCCAAGCCAAGUGAAAGCUCUCGUCGCGCAACAAGCAGACAGCCUCAUAUGCGUGCUGAGAACAAACGUGAACUGCGUGCUCCUGCACGAUGAAGAAAUAAGGCAGAUGUGGGAAAUCGAAAAUACAGGCAUCAACGAAGGCGCCCCACCGACGGCAUUGACGAGUAACGUGCUAGCAGAGUUCCAGCGCACUGUAAAGAUGGCAAACGACAGUUAUGAGGUGCGCCUCCCAUGGAAGAACAUCGACGUCCCACUGCACGAUAACCGUGCUGUCGCAAAAACGAGACUGAAUCGAUUGGUGAAACGGCUCGCCGUGAACUACGCCUUGGUAAGAGAAUACGACAAGAACAUUCGCGCGUAUUUGUUGAACGACCACGCGGAACCAGUGCCUAUCUCAGAGGCAAAGACACCGGAACGCAUCUACUACAUGCCUCAUCGUGAGGUCAUCCGUCCCGAGUGUACGACUACGAAAAUGCGGGUCGUGUUCGAUGCUUUAUCGCAUUCUGGCAACUGUACAUCGCUCAACGAUCACUUGGAAAAAACGCCGAAGGUUCCACCUGACUUGUUAGAUACGCUACUCCGUUUCAGAACGCAUCCGGUUGGAAUCACUGCAGACAUCGAAAAAGCGUUUCUGCAAAUCAGUGUGGACGAACGCGACAGAGAUGCGUUACGUUUUUUGUGGUCUGAUCGGGUGCCACUUCGAAAAACCAUUACAUACAGCGCCAAAAUAGUGGAAUGGCGCAUGCGGCGGGUGCCUUUUGGGACAAUUGCCAGUCUGUUCCUGCUAGCAGCGACUCUGGAGCAUCAUUUUCGUAAAGUCACCGGCGACUUAAAGGACACUGCAGACGUCUUGGCGUCUUCAUUCUACGUGGACGACUUGCUGACUGGAGCACAAGACUUGGAGUCAGCAGUGAAGGUUUACAACGACGCCAACGAGGUCAUGGAAACGGCCCACAUGCGUCUGCGGAAAUGGACGUCCAACUGUUCAGCGCUUGAAGGCGUUUUCAGACAUGAAGAGGAGAUCGGUACGAACAACAAUCCAGUUACAAAAGUGCUUGGAGUUGUUUGGGACAAAAGAAACGACACACUUGCGUGCAGCUUGGACUCAAUUGUUAAAUCGGUGCAUCAUGUUGCAGGCACCAAGCGAAACGUACUCCAAGCAUCGGCUAGGAUUUAUGACCCUCUUGGCUUUCUACACCCUUUCACGGUUCGAGCAAGAAUGAUUUUUCAGGCCUUGUGGGUUGAGGAGGUUGGCUGGGAUGCGGAGAUGCCGAGAAACAAGCAGGACCAGUGGAGUCAAUGGUACAGGGAGCUACCGGAACUGGCUAGGUCAUCGUGGAUCGCUGUAUGUUCCCCAGUGGUUGCAGAAACCCUCAACUCCAUAUCUUCUGCGACGCCAGCCCGAAGGGUUACGGUGCUGUAG